AUGAGGCUCUACUACAUACCUAUCACAUUCCUCGCCGGCCUUACCUCGGUCGUGGCUCAAGGCAUGGACAGUCUCCCAGUGUGUGCUAGAGAGUGUGCUACUGGCGCUAUCCCCAAGACCUGUCAGUCUAUUGACGUUGGCUGUAUCUGCGGCACCAAGUCUUUCAUCAGCGAUAUGUCCUGCUGCGACGAAAAAGCUGCUCUCGGGUUCGCAGUACAGCUUUGCAGUGGUGCUGGUGUGACAGAUCUGCCUAGCAGUGCGAGCUGUGCCAACUCGGUCACUUCGACUAAUGCCACCAGCGCCUCUACCACCACUUCUCCCGUCAAUUCCUCCGGUAACAGCACUGCUUCUGCCACUACCACCCUCACAGGCACGAAGACCCAGUCUACAUCAGGAAACACCCAGCCAGUGACCUCCGUCAAGACAAACACUGGAAGUAGCCCUACUGCCACGGGUGGCGGUGUCCCGCUCUCGCCGUAUGCUGACGCUAGUAACUUUGCAGCCGUCGGCAUGGCUCUCGUUGCAUUUCUUGCCUAG